CCCAUCCCAACCCAACCUUUCCCAUUACCAAACACUGAAUGGAGGGGAGAGAGCCGACAGCCGCCCGGGAGGAGGCAGUGUGGUAAAUGAUGGGCCCACCGAGCGGCGGCGAGCGGCGGUAAGCGGAGGUAGAGGCACGCCGGGUCGCUCACUUUCCCCACACCGCCGCCGUCACCCAGCAACACUCCGGCAGCGGAGGCUCCCGCCGACGGCAGCGCCAGUCGGCCGGGCGACUGGUGCGCGAGCGCCCGCGCCCGUGAAACGGUACAGCGAGCCCGGUGGACCGAGCCAUUGUGAGGCGGUACAGUGUCUUCAAGGGACAUCCGUCCAUCAGAGACGAAAACGGAGACUCUAGGAAAGGGGAGACGGAGACGAAGGCGAUAGAACGGCGAAGGCGACGGCGGCGGUGGAGCAAAGCGAAGAACGGUGUACUCGUAUGUGAUCAAGAAGGCUGUGUGGAAGCCAGUGCGUUCUUGUGAUCGCGGAAAGGUGAUCAGGGCACAAACAGGAAUGCAUAGGUGAGACAGUGGCAGUGAUACGAUCCAGAAUGUGCAGUGGUGAACAGAGUAUAUAGUGGUGAACUCCAGUGACCGGAAACCCACGAGGUUGACCUUGACGAGCAAGUGACCUAAUGGUUAGGUCUCAGUGACCGGGUGGCCUACAAAGCAGGUAGCACUGACCUGAGUGGUGUAGUGUUCGUUGGACUGACCUUGCUGGAGAAAUCCAAGAGACCUCAGACGAACGGAGAGCCGCCGGAGAACCGCCUAUCGUGAUCUCGAUGAUCCGGCAUUGUCAUAAACGCUCACCUGUGGGAGUGUCGUAACAGUUAAUCAUCUGCGGUCAAUAGGACGGAGCGGUUAUAAAAACGAGGCGUCACAAACAGCGGCACAGCAGCAACAUGGGUCGACUGAGGCGCUGUUCGGUGGCGGCGCUGCUGCUGGCACUCAUCACUCUUCUCUCGCUGCUCCUCUCGUCGCGACGGCUGCUCGACAGACGCACCCCCGUCGCUCCCGACGACAGGGUGCCGCUCAACCGUCUCCUGACCGUCGGACUCACCGCCACGGCCGGAGGUCUCACGGACACCGCGCGGCCGGGAGGAGCGGUAAUGACGGCAUCAACAAAGGAAGCACGCCUCCCAGAGAUCACCGGAGCACCCGAGGUCAAAUAUCUCCCAGAGGUCACCGAGGUCACCGAGGAGCCGUUUGACCUCGGCCCGGACCCAUUCGACGAGACUGCGCGCGAGGAGGCUCUGCGUCAUCUGAGUGAGCUCCAGGUGCGGCUGGCCCCCGCCGGGGGUCGGCCCCAGGUCGUCAUCGACCCCGCCUCGGGCGUGCCCCUAUUCGCCGAGGAGCCAAACUGUACGAGGUGCGCCGACGGAAGACGAUAGCGCGCAACCGUCCGGCCAACGCGUCGGAGAUAUCGGCCGCGCUGCGGCUGCUGCAGCUACAGCUGGACACGGAGAGCGGCCAGCUGCCCGACCAGCUGCCGCCGCCCGUCUUCCUGGCCACCACGUGGCGCUCAGGCUCCACGUUCCUGGGCCACGUGCUGUCGGCGCCGGCCGGCGUGUUCACCCACUACGAGCCGCUGUCGGCGCUGGGCGUGCACCAGGCCCGCUCCGAUCAGCAGCGCCGCGCCGCCCAAUUCACGCUCGACGAGCUGCUCGCGUGCCGCUACAGCCGCAUCCCAGACUACAUGAACGCUACGCGCAGUAACACGGAGGACAUGCUAUCGCACAACCCGCGCAUCUGGAGCGCGUGCCAGCGCGGCCCCAAUCGCAACGCGUGCACCAACGAGGCGUUUCUGAGCGCCGCCUGCCGGCUGCUGCCGCUGCACGUGUUCAAACUGGUGCGGCUGCGGCUGCGCGAGCUCGAGCCGCAGCUGCGCGCCGGCGCUCGAGUGGUGUAUUUGGUGCGCGACCCGCGCGCCACACUGAGCUCGCGUCUGAGCUCGGUGCGCUGGUGCCGCCGCUCGGACGAGUGCGUGCAGCCGGCGCGGCUCUGUGCCGACAUCGAGGACGAUCUGGCAGCGCUGCGCGAGCUGCAGGCGCGCUUCCCGGCCGGCCUGCGCCUGGUGCGAUACGAACAGCUGGCCACCCAGCCGCGCCGUCAGCUCAGAGACAUCUUCGAGUUUGUGAGCUUCCGCUGGAGCGCCGAGGUCGACCGUAUCGUCGACGAGAGCACCCGCAGUGGCACCGAGAGCAGCGAGCCGUGGUCCGUGCUCAAAAACUCGGCCGAACAUGUAGAUCGAUGGAAAGAACGCCUCUCGCCCAAACAGAUCGACUAUAUCAAUCGCAAGUGCCAAAGAGUGAUUCAACAGCUAGGAUAUAAUGUAUAACCAUUUUUUAAACUCUAAUUUGGUAACAACUAUGGUAUGAGUCACAAAGUAAAUGAAUUUGUCACAGAAAACAAUAUGUGUAUGGACAUAAUUAGAUUCUCCUAAGCAGAUAAACAGAUUUCCUCAGCUUUACAAGACAUCACUAACAUUACUAUCCCCAGAAGCCCACGAGUCGUCUCAGCUCGAAAACACAUUUAAAUUCACAUCAAUUAUAUUCGGUAAUGUUUGUAAAUCACCGUCAGAUCUGUUUCGCCGGCUGCUCCUACCACACGCCCGGCUGGGCGACGGGCGUAGUUGUUCUAAUCACAGCCCUUCACCACGCCCACCCACUCGGCGCAAACAGUGGUGAAGAUGUGAGCGCAGGCCAUCAGCCUGGACAAUCAACAGGUCCAGAUUGUCCCGGUAUCGGACCGUCGGCCGAGCUCUGUUUGGUGAAAAUACUAGGGUCGCGAGUGGUCUGGCCACAGUUUCUCUGAAAAUUGACGUGAUGAAAGAAGGUUAAACAUUAGCAAAAUACACUUUAUCCGGUGAAA